AAGAGAAUAACUGACUGUGUAAGAUAAGAUAAGCGUAUGAUUAUUAUGUUAUCAUUCAAUAAAUACUUCAUGCAAUGGGACAAAGUUCUAGUAACUAUUUUAAGAAAACGUUUUAUAUCAAGCUAUAUGUAAGUUGUAGGCAAUAAGCUAAAUAUACAAUUCUAUUAUUACAUAAAAGAAGUAAAGAAUUUCAUACAAAAUAAGAGAUUAAAGAUAUUACGAUUGAAAAGAAUAGGGAAUCUGAAGCUGGAUGUGAAGUAAUUGAAAAAAGAAAAAAAAAAUGAAAGAGAUUAAUCUUGGAAUUUCACAACAAACCUUGGUCUCCAAUGAUGAUCAAAAUGUGCCAGCUAAAAGAUUGCCUCAAUAUCUUGCAAGUUUGACAGCAACACUUGGAGCCUUAGCAGCUGGAAUGUCAUUGGCAUGGACCUCCUCUGCUGGUAAUGAUGGAGAAAGCUUACAAUCUUUAUAUGGUAUACCUAUUUCUCCAGAAGAAUUUUCAUGGAUUAGUUCAAUAACUGCAAUAGGUUCAGCAGUAAUGUGUAUUCCUAUUGGAAUUCUUGCUGACAUAAUAGGAAGAAAAUUUUCAAUGCUUUUGAUGGUGAUACCUUUUACCUUAGGCUGGUUACUUCUAAUUUUUGCCAAUAAUCUAAUCAUGUUUUAUGCUGGUAGAUUCAUCACUGGUCUUAGUGGUCCAGCUUUUUCUGUAGUAGCACCAAUAUACACAGCAGAGAUAGCUGAGAAAGAAAUUCGUGGAACUGUUGGAUCUUACUUUCAAUUACUUCUCACUAUAGGCAUUCUUUUAUCAUAUAUUUUUGGAACUUUUGUUGAUAUGCGUGUACUGUCAAUUAUAUCUGGUAUUGUACCACUUAUAUUUUUUGGAACUUUUAUGUUUAUGCCAGAAUCACCAGUCUAUUAUUUAAAAAAAGGUGAUGAAGACUCUGCUAAGAAAAGUUUAACUAGAUUGCGCGGUAUUCAAUACAAUGUCGAAAAUGAGUUAGAAAAUCAAAAACAUGCAUUGGAAGAAUGCAAUCAAAAUACGACCUCUUUUUGGACUAUAAUCAAAUCUAGAGCAGCUUUAAAAGGCUUUAUAAUUGCUUAUGGUCUUAUGUUUUUUCAACAAUUAUGUGGUGUAAAUGUUGUUAUAUUUUAUACUAACAGCAUUUUUCAAAAAACUGGCAGUGAUUUAGACCCUCAUUAUUCAACUAUUAUAGUAGGUGCAAUACAAGUAUUAGCUGUCUGUGUGAGCACAUUAAUUGUAGACCGUAUAGGCAGAAAAAUAUUACUAUUAGCAUCUAUAAUAUUUUUGGCUUUAACAACUUGCGCUCUUGGAGUUUAUUUCUACCUUCUUGAAAACCAGGAAACUUCAAUUACAUGGUUACCUCUAACGUCUAUAUGUAUUUUUAUUAUUAUGUUUAAUAUGGGUUUUGGUCCAGUUCCGUGGUUGAUGUUGGGUGAGAUUUUUGCACCAGAAAUUAAGGGUGUAGCUUCAAGUAGUGCUUGCCUUCUUAAUACGGUAUUAGUUUUUAUUGUAACUAAAUUUUUCAUUAACGUUUCCACGGCAAUUGGUACUGGUGAAACAUUUUGGUUAUUUGCCGUAGUUUGUGUUAUUGGAACCUCCUUUGUGUAUUUAUUAGUUCCUGAAACAAAAGGAAAGUCUUUAGAAGAAAUCCAAAAAGAAUUGAAUGGCUCCUAAAUAAUGUUAUUAUUUAAAAAUUGUUUGUCUACAAUGAUCGACUGAUGAUGUGUAAAAUCCAAACGUAGCAGACUUAAGGCAAGGAGAUCACUGUUUUAAAAGUUAUGCGCAUCUAAAAUUAAUGUCAUUCAGCAAAAAUUAUCAGAUGAUAUAAAAGAAAGUUGUAAACUCUGUGCACCUGUGAAUGAAGUUCAAUCCAUUACGGUAGCAUAACAAUAAUUUGUAUGUACACACGUGUAUAUAUCUAUAUGUAAAUUUGCAUGAUGCUUCAAAAUACAUAAUAGCGUUAGUAAUUAUCCAAAUCUAAUUAUGGUCGUGUAUAUAUUACUUCUCUGAGAUAAGCUUUUGUUGAUCAGGCAAACAGAAAAUAUAACAAGCUAUUAUAAAUUUCUUUUUACAACUGUAUAUGUACAAUGUAUAUAUACAAAGUACAUUCGAAUGUCUCCAAAUUGUUAAAAAAUGAAAUUCGCAGGCCUCAAACAGAAGGUACAAAUCUUGAGAAUGUAUGAAUAAAAUUAGAAAAAGAUCCGACCACGUAUGCAGGAUUGAUAGCACAACAAGAGCAAUCUACAUAUUGCUUACGCAAAUUACGGAAGUAUUCGAACACGUAUUUCAUAAUGAAUAGCAUGAUGAAUGGUAAUUCUUAAACAUGGCUACAAAGAGGUCAGAAACAAUUAUUAUCGAAGCCAUCAUGAGCAAAACGGAUCAGCGUUCCAUGAGCAUCCGAACUCGUUCCAAAAUUUCGACUUUCUAACAAAUCAGGCCGCAACAAUUUUUGCUGACAGUAAUGGGAUGCGCAAAAUAUCCGUGGAAUCUCGAAGAGACGGCGGAACACUUGAGGAUCGACGGCGGGAGGAAGCUUUCCCCUAUUGUCGGCUGGUGAGAGACUUCUUGCGAAGAUGCAAUCUCUUCCUCUUGAAUUUCCGCACGGUUUCCCCUAGAGCGAGUGUGAAUAUCGGAAGAAUGAUGACAGCGACCGUGCAAGUAUUCUCUCACUGCUAAAUGCACCCGACAUAACUUGAUCCAUUUCCUGACUACCACAUGACACACACUCAAAUAUCCUGAUCCAUUCCCUGGUCAGUCAUCGAGACAUUGAACGAAUACCGCAAUUGGAUUUCUUGGCAAUUAUUGGAGGACUAUUGCGAUCUGCGACCAUCAAGCUGGUAUCCAAACGCUGAAUGAGAUCAACAUCUGGAAAAUUGGACUCAACUGGACUUCAAAAUAGCCUGCGUAUAAAAUAAUUACCACCUGAUUAGAUUGUAAUCUGUAAACUCUCUCCUGUCUAUCGUGUAUUCUAUGAAACAUAGUUAUUUUGUAAUCAAAUUUGUUAGGUUGUAUGAGAAAAUACGAUAAAAUAAGUUUUAAAAAAUAUAAAAAUAGUCGUAGUUUAAGAUUUAAUAUUUCAUCUUUUGAUGUCAAAGAUAUAUUUUUUGAAACCAUGCGAGUCGAAUCUCAUGUUGACAUAUCACAAUUUUCAGAAUUAAGUCUUUUGUCAACAUAAGCAAGUAGCUUCAUCGUUGGUCUGCCCGAAAUGAGGAACCAGUUGCCUUAUCCAACCAUGGUUGUUACUGCUAAUCCCGAAUCUUCUGCUGACGUAUCGCAGCCUCAAAAAUCAAUCAAUCGACAACGCAAAUGCAGUCAGUCAGUCGACAAUCGGUCGCCUCAUUCAAAAAUGGUUCCUCAACAGAAUGUUGCAAAGUCACUGAAUACCUCUUCUAAAUUUUAAAAUUAAAAUUAAUGAAGGAUUGAAUCCCGAGUAAUGUAAAGCCAGAAUUGAUCGAUCCUUUGCAAAUGAUUAACUUUUUUCAUCAUUAUUUCCAAGAAAGGUUUGCCAAUUUCCUUAUUGACGCUGGCUCGCUACUUAAUACAAUAAAGCAAAACAGUAAAUACUAAUAUCGACUACAAUUCUCACAGGCAUUGAUUCAAGAAUAAUACUUACUUGUGACGAAAUCAUCAUUAAAAAGUUCAUUAUGUCGAUGUAAACUUUCAAAUUGUUAAUAAUGAAUUUUCCAUUGCUGAGACAGGAAUCUUAGAAAUGCCGUAUUUUUAGAAAGUCAAAAUGCGAUGUUGAAAUUUUUAGAAACGAUGAAGCGAAUAGUCUUCAGAUUGGUGAUAAGGAAUUUUUCCUGUUUUCAUCGUCUCCAGACGAAUUCUUCUCGAGCUUGACUUACCUCCUCGUACCAAAACCCUUAUAGCCCUGCUUGUCAAAUAAUCUAAAAUCAAAGUAGGUGACGUAAAGAAAUUGACCACUGAUUCGGCUGUUUAUAUAAGAGAAGCGUUAAUUGUACAGAAAAACGGAUUUGCCGUCCCAAAUAAGGUAAAAG